CCAAAUCUCUCUCAUCUCCACGCUGCCCAUCGUCCACUACUUCCAAGGCGGACGGCCAUCUUCUGAGACUGCACGGCGCCGGCAAUAGAGAGGGCGGGGUUGUCCGAGCGAGCGGGCUCGAGGUCGAUGACGAUUAAAAGGGGGGAAUUGGUUGUUUUUAGGGUUUUGUUCGGUUGAUGAAAGUCAGCGGCAAAGGUCAGAAACAAGUUUGGAAAUUGCGGAGUAUCGGCGAGCGCGAUGGGUUCCAAUGUCAUUGUAGUGUUGCGGCACCGGCUAUGGAGGCAUCAGAGAUUGUAGCUAGCCAAAGAAAAAAAAGAGUUGUUUCUGAAGUACAACCUACUGGAUCCGUACACCUUGGAAACUAUCUUGGCGCCAUUAAGAAUUGGAUCUCACUUCAGGAUACUUAUGAAACACUCUUCUUCAUUGUAGAUUUACAUGCGAUUACUCUACAAUAUGAUGCUGUGGAACUGUCUAAAGCAACCAGAAGCACUGCAGCAAUUUAUCUGGCUUGUGGUGUCGACAUAGCCAAGGCUUCUGUGUUUGUGCAGUCUCAUGUUCGUGCCCAUGUAGAGUUGAUGUGGCUACUUAGUUCUGUCACACCACUUGGUUGGCUAAACAAAAUGAUCCAGUUUGAAGAAAAAUCACGCAAGACGGGUGACGAAAAUGUUGGAGUUGCACUUCUGACCUAUCCUGUUCUAAUGGCUUCUAAUAUUCUUUUAUAUCAGUCCGAUCUAGUACCAGUGGGUGAUGAUCAGAGACAACAUCUGGAACUGACUCGUGAACUGGCUGAGCGAGUAAAUUACUUGUUUGGGGGAAAGAAAUUGAAAAAAUGGGCGGGAGAGGUGGUACACUUUUCAAGGUUCCUGAGGCUCUUGUUCCACCUGCGGGGGCUCGAGUGAUGUCUCUUACAGAUGGCCUUUCAAAGCUUGGAAUUUGACAAUCCAGAAAGGCCUGAAUGCAACAACCUUCUUGCUAUAUACCAACUUGUUACUGGAAAAA